GAUCAUUAAUUAGAGCAACAAGAUUGCCUAUAUUAGUCUGCUAUAAAAGCCAUGAACCACUCCUCUCCUUACUGAUCAUGAAAUAAUUUGAAGCUAACUCACUUGGCUAUUGAAAUUAUGGUUGGUGAUGGUGUUAUACGCAGUGUUAAUGGAAUGAAGGCUUUCUUAUGGUUUCUUCUUUUACUUAGUUUACUGUGGCUUGUAUUCAAUGGAAGUUUAGCCAAGCAGGCAACAGCUACCACCAAAACAAUCAAUCUUUUAGAUGUUUGGAAGACAAUACAAACUGAAAGGCAUUAUCUUCAAAAGAAUUCAAAUCUCAAUUAUGCUAGCGCAAGAAGAGCGUCUACUGGACUCAACGCUAUUCGGAACAGGAAAGCAGGGAAGGCAGCCAGGGCUGCAACCAAAAUAGUUGACGAUAGGGCAAUUAAAUCUUUAGAUGUUUGGAAGAUAAUAGAAGCUGAGAGGCAAUAUCUUCAAAGGAAUCCAAAUAUCAAUUAUGUAAGCAAAAGAAGAGUGCCUACUGGACCAAAUGCCAUACAUAACAGGAAAAUAGGGAAGUAUAGGGAGCCACCAACUCGAGCUUGAGCUUAAAAAAAAAAAAUUGAACGCACUCUAGUAAAGAGUAAGAAGAUCCUUCAACCAUAUUCACAACAUACAAACAGUGAUCACAAGUAGCUGUUUCCUAAGAAUGUACUAGUAGCUAUGCAUCUAUCGGCACGCAGAGGCGGAUGUAGCCUUAUUUAAGUUGUUUAGAUGAAUCAGUAAUUUCGACAGUGAAUAUAAAUAUAUGUAAAAAUAAACAAAGUUUUAACAAAUAUUAAAUUUUGAAAUCAUAAUUUCAAAAGUGUAAUGAAUUAAAUUUUAAAAACUUAAAGGUUAGAAUCCAUAAACUCCAAAUUUUGGAUCCAUCUAUGUUUAGGACUUCUUCGGAGAUGUUGUUUGUAGAGAAGUAGAGUGAAAUUCUCAGGAGAUUUAAAUUAACGAUGGAAAGAAGAUUGGAAAGUAAAACUUUUCAAGACUUAUGAAAGAUGAAAGCAGGAUGUGAUUUGAUUGUAUGUGCUACCCACUUUUUUGUUCCUUUUUAGUAUUUUAGGAGGGUGUCAUUUAUAAUUGGGACACAGCAAAAGAUAGACAGAAAUAUUGGAUAAAUGCAUAUGAAAAAUGGGGAGUUUCUAAGAUAUUAAUUAGUU